AUGCCAUUAGUAGCACAGUUGAAUGCUUCUUCGGAAAUGAAAUUAACCCAUAAUCCUUCCAACGAUAAAAUAUCGGUUAACAAUAUUUCCACAUCUUCAGUUUUGGAUCAAGAAUCGCCAUCAUGUAUUAAAGUUGAGUCUGAAUCUGAUCAGAUACCUACCAGAUUUGAAUAUCCCAACGAAAAUUCAUUGAAACUACAGAAUUCUAAAAAUCGACCCAGUAGUAUUAAUAAAGAUUUGAGUUUAUUUACCAACGAUGGUGGUAUUUCGCCUAUUUUGAGCGAGAUUUCAAAAAAAUCAGAACAUAUGAAUCAGUCAUCACCUUUCUGUUUUCAAUCAAAUAACAUAGUGAUUGAAAAAUCAUUAAUUAAUGAUAAACACGUUACCGAGGACGAUAAGACUGUGUUAUUUCCCGAUAUUGGUUGUUUCGACUCCAAAAUUGAAAAUAACAAAAUAGAUAUCACCCCUGAAAGUUUUAAUAUUCCCAAGGAAAUUCUUGAUAUUUCAAGUCCUAUAAUUUCAGCACCAAUUUUCCCAGCCAAUACUAGUAAUAUUGCCCCAAAUCCCAUAAUUCCGAAAUGCAGUAACUUUGCCUACCACGAAGGGUCUUUUACCAUUAAAAACAAAAUAUUCAGUAUUAUUUAUCAAAACAAUAAACUCAAUUCAAAAUAUUAUCCCUAUUGUCUAAGAAAGGAAAUAUUUAAACACAUAAAUAAUGUUUGUACCAUAGUUUUCAAAUAUGUUAAGUAUUUAAAAAAAAAACCAGAGGUUCAUAUUAUUGGUCAAUGUAAACAGAAUAAUAACAAAUGUAAAAAAUUCAAAGUCAUCUUCAACAUAAAUACUCUCUUAGUGAACAUUUUCUCUUCAUCGAAAGAUUACAGUCACCCGUCUUUAUACACAGGCCAAGUAAAAAAAGAGGCAUUAUUAAAAGCUAACAAGGUUGUUCUCAAAAAAGGAAAAAAUUUACAAGACAUUAAAUCUGAUCCAACAUUAAGAAGGAUAAGAUCGGAAGCAAUGUCCAACUUGGACAGGCAUAAAAAUGACCUUGUGGACUUGGUGAUGAUGCAAGGAGAACACCCGGAAUACAUUAAAGAAAUCAGCAUGCCAUUCAAUGUCAAAUUAUAUAGCAUAGAGCAACUGAAAGUUUUAAAAAAUGAGUCCAAAAACCACAGUGUUACAGUUUAUUUUGAUGCCACCGGGAGUGUUAUGGUAAGUAAAGAUGUGGACUUAUUGUCAACUCACGUAAACCAAAACCAAUAUUCAAAAGACUUGAUUGCCAAAGCAAUUCAAAUAAAUGAUAUAACAUCUUUUGACAUAUAUAUGCAAAAUGCUUGCAUUAUUUUAACAUCCAAAUAUAGGAAUGAACAUGUGUUGCGUGCCAUACAAUAUUUUGGGCAGGAUUUCACUUUGCAAUACCAAGACUAUAAACAUUUAAUUCCCGUUUUGGAUAUUCCAUUAGAAUCCUCUAAGGAUGGGGGAAUUUUCAAAGGUAGUAUGUUUUAUAAAAGAUACAAGAAUAUUUCAAAUACUUUUUCGCAAAUAGUUUCGACCGAAGGAUCACAUAAUAAUAUAUAUUUCAAUAUAAAAAUAUAUAAUACCUUAUUAAAUAAAUAUAUACCAUUGUGCCCGUUAUGGUCUGCAGUGAUGCACAAACAAAAUAUUAUUAGACUAAGCAAUGCUCCCAUUGAAAAUUAUUUUGGCGAUUUGAAAUUAAAUACUUUAAACUGUGAGAGAAAUCUUAAAUGCUCCAAGUUUAUCAGAAUUUUAAGACGGGAUGUACUCGCAUUCAAAGUUGAGUCCGAUUUAGAAAUUCCAAAAUCCGGAUUAAAUAGGUGGCAUGGAAAUACAGAAAGUGACGAAAGGUAUUCUCAAGAAACUUGGAACAAAACAAAAAGAAAGAUAAGUUCUCAUUUUGACGGAAGGUAUUUAAAAAAAUGUGACAUUUUAACUGAAGAUACAGACGAAAAAGGUAAUAACAAAAUCCCUGUGAAUUUGGAAACGGAAUCACCCUCGGAAAUAUCAAUAGAACCAAAAAAAUUAUUUAUUAAGUGUACGGAGUUUUUAACAGCACUCAACUUGAGUGAAAAACAAAAACUAGAAAUAGAAAGUAAAACUCGGCAACAAUCUCUAUGUGAUCUCUGGAAACAUGAGCGAAAAAUAAGAAUUACUGCCUCAUUUGUUGGAAGAAUUUGCAAAGCCAGGAAUGAUGGAUCGUACAAAAAUAUAAUAAAAUCUAUUUUUGAUGGCAAAGGAAUAAAUACACCAGCCACUACCUAUGGAAUGACCAACGAAAGUACAGCACGAGACUUGUAUGCUGAAAUGAAAAAUAUUAAUGUCACACCUGCAGGGUUAUUCAUACAUCGGGAACAUCCUUUCAUUGCUGCCUCGCCCGAUGGUUUAGUCGGUAGCGAUGGUAUUAUUGAAAUCAAAUGUCCAUAUAAAGCUAAGGACUGUGAUGCGGAGACAUUUGACUUUGAUUUUCUAGACAAAAAUAAUCAAUUUAUCAACAAACAUCACAACUACUAUUACCAAGUUCAAACAAUACUGGAAGCUACCAAUCGAUAUUGGUGCGAUUUAGUAGUUUACACCCAAAAAAACAUUAAAAUUAUAAAAAUCGAAAGGUCUUUAGAGUUUUGGAGUUCUAUCGAAAAACAACUGGUCAAUUUUUACAUGUUCCACAUGUUGCCUGAAAUAAUUUCACCAAAUAAUAGUAUGUCCUUAGAACAAAAAAAAUGGACCACUACAAAAAAAUUAUCAUUUUUAGAAAAUGGACUAGUAAACGAUUUCACUUAUUACAAAUAUCUUAAAAAUAAAAGACUAUAUGCUGUUACGGCUGUUGAACAACUGAAUACAAUGGUAAAAGAAUUAUAUAUAGAUGAUUUUUUGUCACUGGAUGAGAAAAUGGAAUUAACUAGUUUUGUGUUGGACCAUUCCCUUUUCUUGAUCAAUCAGAGUGAUAAAUACCAAAUACUGUCAGUAGAACACUGUUCUCUUAUAUUUGGAAAUAACAAGAUGUCGAAAGACUGGAUGACAAAUAAUAUACAUUUCAAUAACAAUUUUGUUGUAAUGCCAUUUGAAUAUGGGAGACAUUAUAUGUUAAUGUUAUUAGAUUUUGAACAAAAUAUUUGUUUGUUUAUUGAUCCAAUGGGAAAAGAGCAAAAAAUUCAAGAUCGUUAUUUCCAAAAAUUAGAGAAUAUUUUUUUGGCAAAAAAUAUAAAUAUUAAUAUGUGGCAAAUAAUAACAAAGCCACAUAUUAUCCAAACAGAUUACUUUAAUUGCGGUGUGUAUGUAAUUUAUUUUUUUCAUCAAAUAGUAAAUAAUUUAAUGCUUACCAUGGAUGUGGACAUUAAUCAGUAUACAGAAGAGCUCAAAAACCUGUUAUUGAAUAAUUCUGAUGAUAUGAAAAAACGCUGCCUUUUUUGCGCUCGAUCAACUGAUUCGUCACAAUGCUUCAAGUGUACUUUUUGUCAUCGCUCAAUACAUGAAAAAUGCUUAUUGAGCUAUGAUGAAAUUCAACAAAAUAUAUCCAAAGACACAAAAACCCAGAAUGACAUGUGUGACUUAUGUAGACUAAAUUAG